CUUUUCUACCAGCGUGUCAGAGUCAACAAGAACACAAGUCCCUAGGGACGCAAAGGCAGCCCAGCCUGCCAGGCAACUCUGAGAAGCAGGAGCCACAGCCAUCGCAGUCAGUCGGAGCGGAGGUGGCUGAGCCAGCAGCUGCCCAGGUUCCGUCUGGAAACAGGAACCGCGUCUGGAAGCUAAGGAACCAUUUCAAGUUAUGGUGGUGAGGAGACACUGAGAGCCGGAAGCAUGAGCCAGCUCCGGACCACAAGGGCGGGACUUGUGGCGUGUGGAGUGAUCUGCACCUUCAUCUUUCUUUACUUACGGAACCCAGGUCCCGAAGAGGCUGAGGAGGAGCCCACCCACCUGGCUGUGGUGGAAUGUGGCUUCUACCCGGAUGAACUGUGCUCAGCUUUAUUAGAAGGGAAAAAGGCAGCCCCCCAAAUCGCACAAUUCUGCAAACACCCUCACAAUUCUGAAAUACUGGCUCAUUUGCACACACCCCGAAACUGUUCCAGGAUGACCCGGGAGCUGCAUUUCAUAACCAGACCCCUGUCUGCAGAAGAGGGGAACUUCCCUUUGGCGUAUGUCAUAAGCGCUCAUAAAGAACUGGCCAUGUUCGUGCGGCUUCUCAGAGCAAUUUACACACCUCAGAAUGUCUACUGUGUCCACGUUGAUGAAACGGCCCCAAAGAAGUUUAAGAGUGCCAUGCAUACCUUCGUCACCUGUUUUGAAAACGUGUUUAUUUCAUCAAAGACACAGAAGGCGGUUCAUGAUGGCCCUAAGAGGCUGCAGGCAGAGAUUAACUGCCUGAGAGACCUCGUCCACUCCGCACUGGAGUGGCGCUACGUCAUGAAUCUCUACGGACAGGAAUUCCCAAUCAAAACCAACAAAGAAAUCAUCCACUACAUCAGAACCAAGUGGAAGGAAAAAAACAUCACUCCUGUGGUGAUCCCACCCCCAAACACUAAACCCAAGACAGGUCAGAGCCCCCCUGAGCCCAGUCCUGAAGAAAAUACCUACAUAACUCCAAGUACAAGGUUCAAACAAAAACCACCCCAUAACCUAACAGUUUACUCUGGAAGCUCUUAUUAUGCACUUACGAGAAAGUUUGUAGGGUUUGUCUUGACUGAUCCCCGUGCAAAAGACAUGCUGCAGUGGUCCAAAGAUGUCCACAGCCCAGAGCACCACUACUGGGUGACCCUGAACCGACUGAAAGAUGCUCCGGGUGCCACACUGGAUGCUGCAUGGGAAGGAAAUAUUCGAGCCACCAAACGGAGAACGGAGGAAGGAGACGGCCACAAGGGGUGUACAGGCCACGGUGCCCAAGACACCUGUGUCUACGAUCUGGGAGACCUGCCUUGGCUCAUCCAAUCGCCGGCUUUGUUUGCCACGUUUGAGCCGUCCACAGACCCCCUGGUGGUGUCAUGCCUAGAGCGGUGGCACAGACUCAAAGCCCUGCAGCAGGCUCAGGUCCCCGCAGAGCCACACUGGCAACUUCCCCAGGAAAGUCACUUCCACAGCCAACCCCUCCACUAAGGGACACUUUUUGUUAGCGUCACUGUUUCAAUUCCUGGAUGCGAAUUAGUUCAAAAAUGAACGCAGAAACAGGCUCCUGGCCAGACUCCACUACUGAGCACAGGCAGGAAGUGACCAGAGGAAACGCCCGAGGCUGCGGCUGGGAAGUGCAGACCAACACCUGGAAGGCUGAGCGCCUCGGUGAGCAGUUGCUGAAGGCUGACUUUCUCUGCCCAAAGAAUCCAAACCAGUGGGUCUUGUUCUGAGGGCCUGGAGAGCCUGUGCACGAGGCAUGGACACAGAACAAAGCCCACCCACAGGAAACCAUGCUUCUCUAGAGCUAUCGCUGUGGGCUAAGAACAGCACAAUUCUGUUCUAGAAAAUUAUAGAGAAAUAUCCAGUGGUGGUGGGGGAGCCCUCCUUCUCUGGGUAAAAUGAAUUCCUGAAUUAUCCCACAGAGGGAAGCGGCUUAAAAGGGCUGCAUGCAGCUUGUGUAGUCUUGGUCUGCUCGUUCUUCCUGCCAUGGUGGACGACAGCUCACAACGGCACUAACCAAAGCCGCACCACAGGGGCUUCUGCACAGGAGAGUGUGGAGAGAUGCAGGAGGAGGGGGUCCCUCCUGAUUUUUAAUUAGUCUUCAGGUCAGUUAGUUCCCAGCACCCUGAGUCACAGAUGCAGGUCCUUCCCCCAGUGCCCGACUCUUCUGCUGUCAUGGUUAUGGGAAACUUUUAUAUAUAUUCUUUCUCUAACAAUGUCCUUGGUGGCAUAAAGACUGACACGCUCAACUA